GUGACCAGUCAAUCGCGAGAACGAGAUGGGAAGCAAAAACAAAAAGAGAGAGCGCGAGCCCGCUCAAGGCAACAACGUCGAAGAGGCACCUCCAAAACGUCGCCGUCAAAUCGAUGAAGGGCAUCUGAAGCUCUCUAAGCUCUAUGAAGAUCUCGCUGCCGAAUCAGACGACGUGCGAUUCGAAGCUGCCAAACAACUCAUUGUGAAGUUCUCGCCCGAGAAUCAGCCAGCUGCAAAGGAGGUAGAAACAGCGCUCAAUCGUCUAAUCAAGGGUCUUUGCAGUCAACGAAAAGCUGCCAGAGUCGGAUUUUCUCUUACCCUCACGGAAUUAUUACGGCAGAUCUUUGGCCAAAAUGCGGUCAAGAUCGAAGGCCUGGAACUCGACGUAGAUUCCAUUAUCAAGAUGGUGGAGGAAAAGACCAAAGUUGUUGGCAACGUGCCAGGACGAGAAAGACGAGACCAUCUUAUUGGAAAGUUGUUCGGAUACAAAGCCGUAAUGCAAUCUUCAAUAGUCCUAGAGCCCGUGCUGUCCUUGGAAAGUUGGAAUUCGCUCCUAGACAACGUGUACGGAAUGGCACGCGAUGUACCAUGGCUCCGAGAAGAAUGUGGCAUGAUCUUGGUUGAGGCGGUGAAGAGUCUGAAGGCUCAACCGCAGUAUGAGAAGUGCGCACAGGAGAUGGUUGAACGGUUGAGCACAUUCAAGCUCGUCAGUACGCCUGAAGGAGUAGCAGUAUGGCUUACCGUCCAAGCGAGCUACGAGAACGCCCUACUGGAAGGUGUCUGGCACCAGAAAGACCCUCUGGACAAGAAAGAGCGUACCCGCCUAGCCAAGACGUUGAAAGAGAAUUUCCGCGGCGAAUCUGCAAACGGGAAAGACGACGACGUCAAGUCAGGGGCUGCAAACCCAAAUCCGACGUUUGCCUGGGACUUGGUCUUGUCUGAGAUGCUUCGUCGAGAUGAAUUGAUCAGAGCAAAGGGCAAGGAGACACCCAAGAUGGACUUUCCUCAAUUUUGGCUUGAUACUGUGGAUAAUAAUUUGUUCUCUUUAGCUUCAUCUCACGAACGCAAGUCAUGGGGAUUCAAACUCUUGAGUAGCAUGAUUGUUCGUGUCCCAGAAUGGGCCAUUCCAGCGUUAUUCAGUCCAAACCUUAUGCGAACUUUGAUCAACCAAAGCAAGAAGGAGGAUAGAUUUCUUCACAAUGCAGCAGUAGCUGCUCUCAACACCCUUCAGAUGAGGGUACAACAGGAACCCAGCUCUGCUUUGCCGAUCUUCGUCGCCCUCACAACGAAGAAUGGCAGUAUCGAUUCUGACCAGGCCACCAAAACCAAGACCCUUGAGCAUAUCCUUAUAUCGACAGAUGAUGAUACCCUGAAGAAAAUCGUGCGUCACCUCAAUUCUCUGAUCUUACGACCAGAGAGCGAAGACCAAGUUGUUGCAGAUAGUCGUCGUCAGACCAUCGCUGAUUUGCUCUUAAACACCGUCAAACAAUACAAGCGAUACGACGAACUUUCCGAGGAUAGCAUUGAGAAGGACAAUUGGCUGCAUAAGACUCUGGAAGUACUGGUAGAGUAUGCUUACUUCGUCUCAAGCAAGAGUGCCAAGACCAGUAAGGUGCCUCUUCCUGCGGUUAGUGAGCGGAGCAGAAACAUGUUCCAGGAGCGUCUUUCUUCGUGUCUCACCAAAUUGCUCGGUGUCGGCAUUGGCUCGCGAUCAGCUUUCGCUCUCAUGAUUGUGGGUAUGAUUCGAUCAAAGGCUACCUCCUCCAAGUCCUUGGACUUGGCGUUUAAGGCAGACAAGCCUGUCCUGAAGACUAUGGAAAAGGCGUCUCAAACUCUGGACGCGAUUUCUGCCAAGGGUUCGGUCGCUGGAAACAAGAUGGCUGCGGAAGGAUUUAUCCUUCUCUAUUCGCUCACACUGCUUCAAGUUUACAAUGGCGACGGAGAUGCAGUAAUGAUGCUCGACGAUCUGGACACUUCCCGCAAGGCAAUGUCGAAAAAACAAACCGAUUCGGAGGAAGAGAGCCACGAUGUGUUUGUCGAGAUUAUACUUUCGUUCCUCGGCAACCCACGUACAUUGUUCCGCAAAAUUGCAGAGGAGGCCUUCUCCAUCUUCUCAUCCGAGGUCAGCUCAGAGGGACUGCAGUCACUCACUGAUGUUCUCGACACUGAAGAGAAUCUCGAGGGGCAGAAGGAGCUGUUCAACCAAGAUGAUGGAGAGGCCGAGGAAGCGGAGUCCAGCGAUGACUCGGAUGACGCAUCAGACGUGGAGAUGAUUGAUGGCGAGUCGAAAUCUGAUGGCGGUGACUCUGACGCUUCGGACUCGGAUUCCUCCAGCGAAGAAGAUGACGACGAAAGUGAAGACGACGCAGAGCUCACUCAGUUCAACAACCUUUUAUCGAUGACGCUUCAGACGUCGAAGCUUGAUCCUGAAGGCGAGGAUACAUCGGACGAAUCAGAUAUGGAUGAUGAGCAGAUGGAGGCACUGGACCCACAGCUCCGCAAGAUCUUCCAGCAACGUAGUCAGGUGACGAGCAAGAAGAAGGAACGACAAGACGCCAAACAGAACAUUGUCCAGUUCAAGUCAAGGGUUCUUGACCUGCUAGCGAUAUAUUUGGAGAAGCAAUACUCCAACCCGCUCACUCUGGACGUUCUCCUCCCCGUGCUUCGCCGCACACGCGCCAACGCAAACAAACAACUUGCCGACAAAGCUGCCAAAACACUGAAGACGUACUUGGCCAGCCGGAGGAACAAGACUCCUCUCCCAAAGCCCUCAGACAUCGAAGCCGUAUGGGCGACGCUGAAAGCCGUCCACGAGGAAGCGAAGAUGGGUAAUGGCGCCAAGUUGCAUGCGGAUGUGUGCAGCAGUACGAGUUUGCACAUUGUAAAGGUACUUGUUGGACUGGACAAGGCGCAUUACGACGGAGCAGUGGAUGUGUAUGCGCAGACGCAGAAGCAGUGGUUUGCGGAUAAGAAGUCGCCGCUUCAGCCAGGGCUGUUUACGCAAUUUCAGAAUUGGUCAGUUGGGACGAGGCAACAGACAAAGUAGAGGAUGGACGGAAAGAGUUGAGCGGUACAUGUAGAAGUGAAUAUUUUGUAAUAUAACCCAUGCUGGCAGUUU